AUGGAUGGCAAUUACACUAUCAAGACAGGAUAUUAUGUUGCUAGGAAUGAAAAGAGCUUCGGUAAUACUAAUAAACCAUCUUCCAGUGAAGACUUAAAAGUUUUUGUGGCAACUAAUUUGGAAAUUAAGAGUUCCUCAGAAAAUCAAAACCUUUCUAUGGAACCAGAGACCACUGAGCAUGCUUUGCUGCUAUGCCCUUGGACAAGGGCAGCUUGGUUUGGAGCCCAAAUUCAAUGCUGCCCUACAGCCCUAACAGUUUUUUCUUUUGGGAAGUGGUUGAUGGAUAUUUUAGAAAAAAUGAAAUUGAACACAGGGAAUGAUUAUGAUCAUUGCAGCAGUAUGGUUGGAUUUCUAGUUUGGGAAGUGUGGAAAGCAAGAAACCAAGCAAUAUAUCAGAUGUAUACUCCUAAUCCUAUCAUGGUGAUUCGUAAAGCUAAAUUAAUGGAGCUAGAAUUUGUAGAAAUGGCAGAAAAACCAAUUAACAGUUCAACUAAUGCUACAAGAACAGGCGGCAGAGUUACCUGGAGACCGCCACUGGUGGGUUGGAUCAAAUGCAAUGUGGAUGCAGCUUUCGAUAAAGCACAUUCUACGGGAGCAACUGCAGUGGUAUUCAGAGACCAUAACGGCACCCUUCUCUCAGGAAUUAACUCCUCAAUAGUUGCCACUUCGCCAUUAGCUGCGGAGGCAUUAGCGGUUAGGGCAGCCUUAAUUUUGUCACGUAAUUUUCAAAUGCAGAAAGUUAUCAUAGAAUCAGACAAUCAGAUACUUAUUCAGGCACUAAAAUCACAUGUAUCUAUUGCAGAAAUUCCAGUUAUUCUACAGGACAUAUUACAUUUAGUGAGAGGCAUUCCAAACUGUGGCUUUACCUGGGUGCCUAGAGAAGCAAACUCAUUAGCGCAUGAAGUGGCGAAGCUCACAGACUAUGAGAUUGGUAGAUUGGGGAGGUUGUCUCUCUUGCAUGUGCAAUUAGCUUCUCCGAUUGGAAUAUGCGGUUAUAAUUCACCUCCCUCUUUUCCUCCAAUUUUGACGCUCUGCAAACAGUUGGGGUUGGGAAAUGGGAAAUCAUUUGUAAUAGGUGAAGGUCUUGAGGAAGCAAAAGGAAUAGGAUCAGGUGGUAAAACGGGAGCGUUGUUGGGUUUGAUUCUGCUUUGA